AUGAUUCCGCUGGUUGUGAUCCUGUCCUUUUGCUUCGCUGGACUUGCAGAGAGCCAGUUCAUGACUAUACCUAUGCCUGUACCGCUUGCGGUACCGCAGAUGGUGCCUGUUUACGUCCCCAUGCCUAUGAUGACAUUACCCACUAGUACAGCAGUUCGUCCAGUAAUUCCUCGGCUCCAGACCACCACUGACGGAAAGGGAAAGACAUACUACAAAACUUUCAACGAUAGACUUCCUGGUGGGGUCGGAAGAGGUGCCGUCUACGAAUACUCAGCACCAGGACAGCAUGAAUACAGCAAAACGUAUAGUACUUCACAAUCGUUUGGCAGUCCUUUGAGUGGCGGUUUCGCGAACUCCGACUCAAACACUUUCUCCAAUUCUUUUUCUACUUCGUGGGGCUCUGAUCCAACCUCUGUCAGUGCAAAGACAAGUAACUCCCCUCGCAUAGCAAACACGAGAAUCGUCACCACGGUGAGUUCAAGAUUUGAUAAAAUUGUAAAACAAUGA